CGCUUCUCCUCAUCCGGGACUUUGCGUUGUUAGCCGCCGCUACCCGGCUAUCAUUGUGAAUCAAUGUAAACGUUGUCUUAUACUCAUCAAAAACUAACAGCACUAACACUGGUAAUCUGAAUUUGCUACUGUUGGUGCUUAAAAUUGAGUAAUUUUUAUAUUAUCCACAAUUUGGCAGCAAGAUACCUACGAGAAGUUGGGAGGGCUCAAAGAUACAAAACGAAAGUAAGACGUGAUAUCUAACCAAUCAGAUUAGAGAUUGUGACUGUUGUAGCUAAGCCUUGAAAGUUGAAGUUAAUUUUGUACAAAAGUUACUACGUGCAUUACUCGUAGUCGUUAUAUAUACAUAUGUGUAACGUGUAUUUACUUGGGCUUCUUUAAAAAGAAAGUAUUAGUACGUUACAUAUUUAUAAAACUAAAAUAGUAAUUGUAAAACAAACUCGUAACUAGAACCGAAUAAACAUUUUCUAUUUAGUAUGAUGACCAAAAUGGUAAAUAGUGAGCCCGAACAAACUGACGCUAACGGCAAGUUCAGCGGCCAGAGAAACCUUAUGUUUUCCAAGGCGGAAAAAGCCGAAACAUGGAACCAAAUCAACGGAACCUCGACGGACCCGUCUGAUCUGGGUAACAAAGAAAAGAUGGUCCACUCCCAACUGACCACCUCUUACGGUCCAUACCCACAGAAUGGUGACCAGGCUGUUGGUCAACAACGAAGUGACCGAAAAGACACUUUUAACACUCCCAUAGUGACCACCAAUGGUAUUGAACAACAAACGCAAACAGAUUUAGAUCUAGAGUUGUCAGGACAGGUGGGAACCCAGACAGUAACAACUGGAGUUGAUACUUCCAAGUCAAGCCAGCCCAAACGUCUCCACAUUAGCAACAUCCCAUUCCGUUUCAGAGAUUCUGAUCUCAGACAGUUGUUCGGGCAAUUUGGGCCGAUACUGGAUGUCGAAAUUAUUUUUAAUGAACGAGGUUCGAAGGGAUUCGGUUUUGUAACUUUCGCAAGUAGUGUGGAUGCUGAUCGCGCACAAGAGCAAUUGAACAGCACGGUGGUUGAGGGACGCAAAAUAGAGGUAAACAAUGCAACAGCUAGAACUCAAACAAAGAAAACACCAACCAUACCAAAUGUUGCUGCUCUGCGUGGAGUAGCAAUUCAGAGAGGCCGAGCACGAGGAAUUUUUGCCAGACAUCCAUCACCACUUACAGCAGCUGCUGCUCUGCAUGGAUAUACUUCACUUAUUACUCCAGCAGGUAUUUACCAAGACCCUUUUCUAGCUUAUGCAGGAGCAGAGAGGUAUCAGUUACCAGCCACCUAUGCAGCUACUGCAGCUUACACAGCUGCUGCAGCUCGAAGCUAUGCGGCAGCAGCUGCAGCAGCUCAACCUGUAGCAACAUAUGCAGCAGUAGCGGGAUCUCCAUCGCUUUACUACACAUAUGGCAGAGAGUAUGCAGAUCCAUAUUUAGGGCACAGUAUUGGCCCAGUUGCUGGCUAUGGGGUGAGCACAGCUUUGAAUAAGGCUGCAGUCUACCGGAGUGGAUAUAAUAGGUUUACACCAUACUAAGUCCAAGAAUCCAGUUCUUAUUUAAUAAGAAGAUUUGUAUGGAACUCAGAUAUAAUAACUGGAUUAAAUUGAUCUAUAGAUUGAUUAAUUUUUUGAUGUGUACAUUGACUACACAGGACAGUGUGAUGAGAUUUUUAUGAACUGCCCGUAAUACUCGCACGUCUUGAAAGCUUUUGACUCCUGUAUGUUUAUUAAUGAUCUGUUUUUGUGGAAGAUGGUGUACAACUGUCCCAUAUUUUAUGUCUACACCUCUUUUUCUUGUAUCUUUUAUCUGGUAACACAUUAAAUUCCAGAUGUGUUCACUCGUAUGUUUACCAAAGUUUGGGUAUAAGUAUUAAACGUAUUAUUUUAGUUUCUGCAUCAGUGGAACAAGGCUUUAAACCAAGUUCUAGUCAUGAUGGGGGAGGGUAUAAGCUUGUAUUCUUUAAUUUUUUUCAAUACUGUUUGGAUAAUAACUUGAAAAAGUUUCACAUUAAAUUUGCUUCGUGAAAUGUUCAUUUCCAGUCUUUAUUAUGUUGUACUGUUAUUUCAUUGAAAAAACAGUGUCAACAACUACAGCAUAAUGAUUUAAAUCUAGGGACUUCCACGUGUCUUAAAAAAAGAAGUAGAUAUAAGAAGCCAAAGUAUAAACAAAUAGAGUAAAAUACUUUCACGUGAUUAAAGAAUUCUAAUUAUUUAACUUCUACAUCUGUACACAGUUUUGUAGAAAGCAGUUGUGCUUGUUUACUUUAUUAAUUAUAAUGAUUUACAAAAACUGAACAGUCUAGUAUUGUAUUGCUUUGACUAAAUUACACAGUUAUCUAAUCAUGAUUGUUUCACAUUAAAUUUAGAAUCUCAUUUUGUGUCUGUGUGUCUGUAUUAUGUUGUAUGAAAUAUUCAUACUACUCAUUUCAAUGCAGGAUUUGGUAUCUGUAACAUAACCGUGAAUGGAAAAGUUUUAUGUGCAGGAUUUGGUAUCUGUAACAUAACCAUGAAUGGAAAAGGUUUAUGUGCAGGAUUUGGUAUCUGUAACAUAACCAUGAAUGGAAAAGUUUUGUGUGCAGGAUUUGGUAUCUGUAACAUAACUAUGAAUGGAAAAGUUUUAUGUGCAGGAUUUGGUAUCUGUAACAUAACCGUGAAUGGAAAAGUUUUAUGUGCAGGAUUUGGUAUCUGUAACAUAACCGUGAAUGGAAAAGUUUUAUGUGCAGGAUUUGGUAUCUGUAACAUAACCAUGAAUGGAAAAGUUUUACUUCGUUAGGAACACACAUUCAGUAUAUGACCUAGGCUACCCAGCUCUUUUAACUGUAUUGUAGAAGAGAGAAGAAACAAAAGGAUUAUUAAACAUUGUUUUAGCCAUUUUGUAAAACUGUGGAUUAAAUUUUGACUUCAUGCACAAGAAUAUGGGAAGUUUCACCUUUACUUGAAUGUAAUUUACAUUAUUAUUUUACCUUAGUAAAUUACACUUCCUAAUCCUUCUUUUAGAAAUAACCUUAAACAUAUAAAUAUUGUCUUCCGUCUUAUCUUGUAUGAACAGAAAGACAUUCAUAUAAAAAGUUAAUUUUAAAACUCUUUAAGUUUUAAAGACAUUUAUUGACCUAUAACACUGUAUACACUUUGUUUAAUAUUGUUUGAAUUUUCAGCAGAUGACUGUUUUAAACAUUAGCAAUAGUUUGAGUUUAUCCAAGGGAAUGAGUUGUAAAAUUUUUAAUAUAGUUUAUAAGAAAUUGUGACAAAAAAACUCUAGUAAGUAAAAUACUCUAGGAUAUCUAUUGAUAAAGUUCAGUAAUUUUAUAAAUAAAUGUUUUUAAGAAUGACUUUUGUACUUUGUUUAUAAAAUUUGUGAUUUUAAAACUAACAUUUGAAUAUCACCUCAUAGCCUCUGGCAUGGGAUGAAAUUUAGAAAUUUUAGGAGUCCUUGAAAUUUUGGUUUCUCAUGAAAAAUGUUGAACUUUUAUUCAUUUUAUGAAUAAUUUAGUAAUUGCUAUUUAGGAAAAGUAAUUAUUAUUUUUCAGUGAAAAUGGGAAAUGUGUCAAAAGUCGAUACAUAAUACAAUUUCCUUAAUGGCAAGAUAGCAAUUGAUCUUAUUCUUACGUAAAUAAUAAAGGUUAUUACUAGUAAGUUGUUACUGUUUCUGGUAAAAAAAAAACAUCCCUGGUUACAUAUAUCCCAGUUUUUAAAGUAAGAAUGCUAGGACGGGAAUCUGUAGUUCUUAGAGGACAGGAAUGGAUAGUUAAUUUGACACCAAGUAAGGCUAUUAAAACAUCCAAGUAGAACUGAAAUUAGUUGUUCUUAUGUUUCUUAGAAAAUUUAUUGGUAACUUACUAUGAAGUAUUUCAGUUUAGAAUUGAGAACACUAUUAUUGUUAGUUUGUCUAGGGAGGUAUUUAUACUCCCACCAUGAGGGUGGGGGAGGGGGGGUUUACAGAGCAUUUAAUGAGCAACAUAUUUAUAGUUUUUUUUUGUAACUACCUACCCUCUUAUUCUUGUUUGUGUAGUAUUCUUGUUGGAGUAGUAUGACAUGUACAUAUAUAUCUUUAUCGUAAUUAAUUAAUUAAUGGUUAGACAAAUGUAGAAACACGUGUUACCGUUUUAUUUAUUGAAUGCUGUAUCAAGGUAGAUUUACUAAGGUUUGUUCAAAAUGAAUUCCAUGAAUCUCUUCUUUUACCCCAGAAAUUAUUAAUGCUGUAGAGCAUCCAUUUGGUUUUGAAUGAAUAAAAGUUGCAUACUGGAA